AAGAAGAACAGAGCGGUUUAUAUAUAUAAAGGGUGACUGAAUCUCGAUUGACCAUUAAGAAGCAGGAUUGAGUUGAGAAAAGACGAUGGAACCUAGUCCUCAACACCAAAAAAAUGAGGCUAGUGAGGCAGAUCCUGAUGUCAUGUGAUCAUACAACUAUCCUUGGCGUUAUGGCUUGGCAUGUUUUCCAAGUUGGCUGGAACACAUGGUUAUGACGGUGUGCAGUUCAAAGCAGUCAGCAAUCCACACCUGAGGUCCCAGAUUCAUACCUCAGUCACAAUGGCAGAUGAUACGCGACCUGAAGAAGGGAUUCAGACGGGGUUUCCCCAGUCGCCGUCGGCGUUUGAUUCAGACGAACGUGUCUCCUUCUCCACGCUCGACGACAAAUUCAUCCUCGAAACGGCUGAGGGCAACGAAUUCGAAUGGGAUACGGCAUUAAGACGGUGGAUACCAGUGCUGGACCAGUCACUUCUGGACCAACAGGGCGAAAUUUACAAGGUCGAAGGUGUGGACGAGAAUGCAACCACGAAUCCUAAGAAGAAGAGGAAGCAGGCCAACGGAGAUGAGUCGGGCAGCAAGCCCAAGAAAGCCCGAGUCAACACCGCGGUGUACGUAACUUCGAUUCCUCUAGACGCCGAUGAAGACGAGAUCAAUUCUACAUUCUCCAAGUGUGGAGUCAUCGCAGAAGAGAUUGAUUCAGGUCGACCACGGAUCAAGAUGUACGAAAAUGACAAAGGAGACUUCAAAGGCGAUGCGCUGGUGGUGUAUUUCAGACCCGAGUCUGUCAAUCUUGCGGUUCAGAUGCUGGAUGACACCGACUUUCGGCUGGGGCAGGAAGGCCCGUCAGGCAAGAUGAGGGUCCAGGCUGCGGACUUUUCUUACAAGAGUCAACAAGAGGCUCCCGUCAAGACCAAUAAGAAGGACCAGAAGAAGAUUAUCAAACGCACGCAGAAGAUGAUGAACAAACUGACGGACUGGGAUGAUGAUGAUCCUGGAACACUGCAAGAGACAAGUUCACGAUGGGACAAGGUUGUCAUGUUAAAGCACAUGUUUACCUUGCAGGAACUUGAGGAGGAUCCAGCCGCAAUGCUAGAGAUCAAAGAAGAUAUCCGAGAAGAAUGUUCCAAAUUGGGAGAAGUGACUAAUGUUGUAUUGUUUGACAAGGAAGAAGAAGGAAUUGCCAGUAUUCGCUUCACCAGUGCCGCAGCCGCCGCAGCAUGUGUCCGAGUUAUGGACGGCCGGUGGUUCGACGAGAGGCAGCUCAGCGCCUCAAUUGCUACAGGGAAUGAGAAGUACAAAAAGUCCAGCGACAGGAGCAUUGGCCUAGAUGAAGAUGAGGAUGAUGAAGAAAGCGGUCGACUGGACAAGUUUGGGGAAUGGCUAGAGACGAAGAAGUGAGAGUUGGCCUCUAGGCACCUAGGAGAGACCACAUUACUGGCAACCAAUUGGCUUGAAUUGGAUGCCUCUAGAGGUGGGUUUGAUGCUGUCCAUGACAUGUCAGAAAACCCAUUCAACUAGUCCUCAAGACAUGGUUUUUACCUGUGUAGAUCAAUGGCAAUGCACAUGACGAUGAAAA